AUGUGUCACGCGAGGACUCGGUCUGUGAAAUGUGACAGGAGGGUCAUGCUUAAGCACGAGCUGGUGGACGAGGGCUCCCUGAUGGUGAAGCACGUAGACCAGAGCGACGGCGGCCAGUACACGUGCGAGGCCUGGAACUUGGCGGGCUCGAAGACCACCGUGCCCGUCAACCUCUACGUGCACAUCAAGCCCAACUUCCUCCGCGGACCCAAGGACACGGUGACUCUGACGGACCGCAAAGUGGAGUUCGAGUGCCAGGUGAGCGGCGACCCUCCCCCUCAGGUGUCUUGGCGGCGACUGAGGGGCCCGCUGCCCGAAGACCGGACCGAAAUCCUCGACGAUCAUACGCUCAGGAUCGGCCGCGUGACCCCCGGCGACGAGGACACCUACGUCUGCGAGGCCGUGAACGUGGUGGGAACGGCGAGAGCGAACGCCACGCUCACUGUCUAUACCGCACCGGAGUUCCUCGUUCGGCCGCAAGACGUGAAGGCCUCAGUGGGGUCGUCCGCCGCCUUCGAAUGCCUGGCCGUGGGUCGUCCCUCUCCGCUGGUCGUCUGGAGCCGCCAGGACGACCACAACCUCCUUCUGCCCCGCCAGGAUACGCCGUCAGGAGAGCCCGACGACCAGCCGAACGUGUGGGUGAACGCGGAGGGCACGCUCAUCAUCAACCAGGUGACCCGCGAGCUGUCGGGCUGGUACUCGUGCGCCGCCGUGUCCGCCGCCGGGUCGCUGGUCGCGCGGGCGCUGCUGGACGUGCCCGCGCCCACGCUGCACCCGCCGCCCGUCAUCUCCGUGCGGCCGAGGAACCUGACGGUGACACCCGAGGCCGUGGCGCUGAUGGUGUGCCAGGCCGAGGGCGCCGCGAGGGUCACGUGGACCAAGGACGGCCGCCUCCUGCCCGAGGACGACGCCAGGAUCACGCUGCUUGGCUCCGGACGCUGCAGAUCAGCGCUGAUGAAGAUCAUCGCCAUUGGCUACGUCCGCGAAGACGACGGCGGCAUCUACACCUGCACGGCCGCCUCCGACGCCGGCAGGUCCUCCAUCACCGCCCACCUGAAGGUCGUCCCAGCCAACAGCCCCGCCGCCGCCCGCACCACGCCCGCGCCCGACCCACGCGACCUCCCUGGACCUCCCCUGCCGCCCACUCAGCGCGCCCGUAAUUCCACCACGUUGACCUUAGCCUGGGGGCCGCCUGAGCAGGAAGGGGCGUCGCCCAUCACCAGCUAUAUUCUCGAGAUUUGGAACGGGUCCGGCCAGUGGACUCCCUUAGAGGAACACAUCCCGGCGGAAUCCUACACCCUAACUGGCCUCAAACCCAACACGCAAUACAGAGCCGUCGUGAGGGCUAUGAACAUGCACGGUGUCUCCGCGUCGUCCCCCGUGUCCGGCCCCCUGGUUACCGCCGGGGGAGGGAGGCCGGGCGGUGAAGGGGCGAAGGAGACGAACAACGACCCCGAGAUAAGGGCCGUCCUCGCCCACCCUCUCGUCACCCUCAUGCCGCCCACGCCCAUCUCGUCCACGGCAAUCAAAUUACAGUGGAAGGUCCAAGAAUUCGAGGACUACAUGGACGGCUUCUACGUGCGGUACCGCGACCUGAGCUCCGGCACCCACCGCUUCGAGAUGGAGGCCGUGACCCGCUCCGGCGCCGCCCACCAGGCCGCCUCCUACACCGUCAGCGACCUCGCCAAGUUCACCGAAUACGAGUUCUUCAUCGUGCCUUACCACCGCAACAUCCACGGCCAUCCCUCCAACUCCAGGAUCGCCGUCACGAUGGAGGACGUCCCGUCAGCGCCGCCGUCGGGAGUCGAGAGCCUCGUCCUGAACGCCACCAGCGUCGUCCUCUCGUGGCGCCCCCCUCCUCGCGAGCACACCAACGGCAGGAUCACCAAGUACUCCGUGUGGCUCUUCGUGAACAAGACGGUCCCGCACUCCAACCUCACCCUCGAGGGGAAUCUGCACACCCUCACGCUCUACAACCUGACCUUCGGGAAGCACUUCACGGCGACGGUGGCGGCGCAGACCAAGGCGGGUCAAGGGCCGACGAGCGGAGGUCACACGUGGCUGCAGGACCCGUCGGCGAGCUCGGGAUCCGGGGAACCGAAGCGGGUGCCGUCCCCCCUGAUGGCGGUCCUGCGGGAGACCUGGUUCAUCGGGGCCGUCGGCGCUGCGGGAUUCCUGGCGCUCUCCGUCUUCGUCGCCGUCGUCUGCUACCGCCGGAAGAGGAACGAGAAGCGCGCCAUGGGAGGAUACAAGCUGGACGGGCGCAGCGUGAACGGCACCAUGUCGGGCGGCCUGUGGAUCGAGCGGGGCCCCUGGGGCGGCUCCUCCGGCGGCGCCACCGACGACAAGAGCGACGCGACGCCCGAGAAGCUCCUGAACCUGAACGCCGUGCCCGGGGACUACGCCGAGGUGGACGGGCCCGUGGCGCCGCUCAUGCCCCCGGGCUCGCAGGCGCCGGGCACGCCGGUCGCCUACGCCACCACCAACAUCAUCAAGGCCAGGAAUGGGGAAAAGGUCGAACCCAAUAUCCCGGUGUACGGCAGCAUGUAUGGCGAUAACAGCAUGGUAGGGCAGGCCGAUGACAAUCUGGUCACUUACAGCACACUAAAGAAACAGCAACUUUAUAAGCCCACACUUUCCCCGGCACUUAACGCGAAACAGCCCCACGGUGUAGUGCAGCGCGGUUAUAUACCCCCGUGGGAACAGUAUGCCCCUCCCCCCCUGCCCGAGAACCCCCCGCCCGAGCACCCCCAGCAGCACCUCUCCCCCCACGCCCAGUUCCCCAACCAGUGGAGACACCAGUCGCCUAUGGUCAACAGGGCCCUUAAUCGACAGGUCUUCUCAACCGGAUCCCUCCCGCGGCAUCUGAACAAGGUGAAGGCGAGCCCCAUCAUCCCCAAACGGGGCGUCAACACGGGCGACUUCGACAUCGCCGGUGACCCCCUGCCCCCUCCCCCACCACCCAUGGAGAUCCCAAGGACACCCCCCAUCCGCCGAGACCCCAACGACCCCCUUCCAGGGACCGCAAGCGUCGGCCUCCAGGGUCUGCAGGGCCUGAGUGGGUCCCGCAUGAUGGGCGCGCCUGGGGCCCCGAGGCUGAACCGCGACUACAGCCCAGGGAGACUGCCUGACAUGUACGGAGGGAGCUCGAUCUACCAGGGCCCCAUCGACGAGGAGGACGAGAGCGACUGCCCCUACAACGAAGGGAGCGCCAUGUACACCGACCACAGUGCUGUCUACGAAUCCACGUCCGCCUUCUACGGGACUAUGGGUGACAAGGCCUUCGACGCUGACCGCACCAACCCAUUGCUGAUUCAGCAGGCUAACCACGUCAGUCAGACUCCCAGACCCACCACUCAGACCCACACACUGCACCAGAUGAACGGACUCAUGCUACGCGCGAUUAUGAUUUGA